GAGAACUCAUACGACGCGCGCUACCAACAGUCGCGCAUCGUGCCCGGCGGCAGGAAGUUCCUGAGGGGCGACACGCUCAUCACCGAGUGUACGUACGACAGUACAUCGCGAGACAAACCUAUACUUGGAGGAUAUUCUGCACAACAGGUUCGAAAUGUGCCCUCAGCUUCAUACUGUACUACCCGCGCACGGAGCUGGCCGGCUGCUACCCAUGACGCCCGUCAAGGAGUUCUUCGAGACCUUCGGCGUGAAGGAGUUCUCCAAAUUGAGUUUCAUGCAAGUGGAGAAUAUAUUUUUAUCAUCAGGAAAUUUCGAGAACUUACCGCCUCAACCGGAUUUCACAAUGAAAACGAAAGAGACAGAAGGUACAUCGAAGAUGGCGCUGUGCAGGGCGACGAUCAGGGCGUUAGCUUACUGAAGGAUCUGAUAAUUUGGGAGCCAUUGGAGUUCCGCAACAAGUCGUUCAUGGCGCAUCUGAACGAGAUGCCGUGGGCGGAGCAUUUGUUGACGGAACAGAUCGAGAAAUCACUGUACAAGGGCAUGCACAUGACCUUCUGCAAGAAACGAGACGAUAGUUGGGGCGUGCCGAUACAAAUACAAAACUAUCCAAACUUCACCGAAGUGAUGGACAACGACACAUCAGAGAAAUCGUGCCACUACAAAAGCGUUAACUUACCCUCAUCUGUAACGAAGUCGACUACAGGUCUCGGCUCAACGAAAACCAUCAGUUCCCUCCUUCUGGCUGCAUGCGCAAUAAUCAUGAUCGCACGGUAAUGAUAAAAUUU